CACCGACGUAGGGAGGGGGAAAAAAGAAAACCCCCAGGGAAGAGGGAAGGGAGGCAGCGAGUGUAGGCACCGAGCAGUCUCCAACCACUGAGGCGAGAGGGAACGCGAUCUGGGGAAACAAACUCCGCAUCAAUAAUUUGAGUUUGGAGCCCAGUGCUUUCAGAGAUUCGGAGCGCACCUCCCCAGCUUCGCCCGAGUUGAGACAGGGCAGCGCAGGCAAAGGGGCGGGCAAUUCGACCGAGAGCGGCCGAACUGGCUGGUGGCACACGCUGCGCCGGGAGACACCCGCAAGAGAGCGAGCAGAGCCCGGCUCGCGGUGAGCGCUACAAGGAGGGAGCGCACCGCGCGAGCAGGCGGGAAGGGAGCGGGCCUCCGCCGAGGCCGAGGAGGCGCUGCAUGGACAGCAUGAGCUUCUCCGGGAGCCCCGGCGCGGGGCCCGCAGGGAACUCCAGCCCAUGGUGGCCUCUGGACGCCAGCGGUGCCAACACCAGCUGGGAAGCGGAGGCGCUCGGGAAAGAUGACAGCCCGCUGGCGGACGAGCGCAACGAGGAGCUGGCCAAGCUGGAGGUCGCCGUGCUGGCCGUGAUUUUCGUGGUGGCCGUGCUGGGUAACAGCAGUGUGCUGCUGGCGCUGCACCGCACGCCUCGCAAGAUGUCCCGCAUGCACCUCUUUAUCCGCCACCUCAGCCUGGCCGACCUGGCCGUCGCUCUCUUCCAGGUGCUGCCUCAGCUGUGCUGGGACAUCACCUACCGUUUCCGCGGACCCGACGGGCUCUGCCGCGUGGUGAAGCACCUGCAGGUGUUCGCCAUGUUCGCAUCGGCUUACAUGCUGGUGGUCAUGACCGCCGACCGCUACAUCGCAGUGUGCCACCCGCUGAAGACGCUGCAGCAGCCGGCGCGCCGCUCGCGCCUCAUGAUCGCUGCCGCCUGGGUGCUGAGCUUCGUGCUGAGCACUCCACAGUACUUCGUCUUCUCCGUGGUCGAAGUGAGCAACGUCACCAAGGCCUACGACUGCUGGGCCAAUUUCAUCCAGCCCUGGGGUCUCCCCGCCUACGUGACCUGGAUGACCGGCAGCAUCUUCGUGGCGCCCGUGGUCAGCCUGGGCACCUGCUACGGCUUCAUCUGCUACCACAUCUGGCGCAACGUCCGCGGAAAGACUGCGGUGCGCCAGGGCAAGGGCGCCCGCGCGGAGGGCGCAGGUGGCGCCUUCCACCAGGAGCUCCUGCUCGCGCCGUGCGUCAGCAGCGUGAAGACAAUUUCCCGCGCCAAGAUCCGCACGGUGAAGAUGACCUUCGUGAUCGUGACGGCUUACAUCGUUUGCUGGGCGCCCUUCUUCAUCAUCCAGAUGUGGUCUGUCUGGGAUAAGAAUUUCCCCUGGGUCGAGUCGGAAAACCCGGCCACCACCAUCACUGCAUUACUGGCUUCCUUGAAUAGUUGCUGCAAUCCCUGGAUAUACAUGUUUUUUAGUGGCCAUCUCCUGCAAGACUGUAUCCAAAGCUUCCCAUGCUGCCAAAACAUGAAACAAAUAUUCAACAAAGAAGAUUCUGACAGUAUGAGCCGAAAACAGACUUCCUUCACUAACAACCGAAGCCCCACAAAUAGGACCGGCGUGUGGAAGGACUCAGCUAAAUCUUCCAAGUCCAUCCAAUUCAUUCCUGUUUCAUCCUGAGCAUGCAGCCUGACUCCUGUAAUGGACUUUUCAGCCCACUGAUUGAAUCCAGCUAGAAAUUAUUAGAACAAAUAUAAGAUAAAUCAAUCUGUUGAGUACAAGACUGUGUUUCUAGUUGCAUUUUCACAUUGCUACAAGCAAAAGCUAUGAAUUGUUUUAUAUGGAAUGUUAAUAAAAACAUGCCACACUAAAA